AUGGCUGUGACGUCCAGUGCUGCGUCUGCAUCAGAUAUUCGAAUUGCUGCUGGCACUGCAGUGACAGAACGAACUGUUACAAACCAGCUACUUCAAGUUAGGCUCAACCAGCUACUCAAGUUAGACUUCCAUUUGCUUCAAGCCUUGGAUGUUCUGGAAGAACAUUUUUCAAAUGACAAAAUUUUUGGAUAUAAUAUUGAAACAGCCAUCAUAGCUAGCUAUACAACACUCAUGGCAAUCGGACUUUUCAGCAAUGUUUUAGUUUGUUGUGUCAUUCUGGCUAAUACAAAAAUGAGAAGUUUGGAGUUGUUAGUCGUUGCAAUCAUAGUUGGAAAAACAGCUUCUCCUGAAAAAAUUGUGAAGUCAUCUCGUAAUAUAUUGGUUAUUAAUCUCAAUAUAUCAGACAUCAUUUUAUGCGUAUUCUGCAUGCCUUUCACACUAAUGGUGAUAAUACGAAGAAGCUGGAUCUUGGGAGCUUUUCUUUGUAAGAUGGUUCCGUUCGUACAAGCGUCCACCAUAUUUGUAUCUGCAGCAACAGUAUUAGCAAUAGCUGUUGACCGGUAUAACACAAUAAUUAAUUUAAACCAACAAUUUCCGAAAGGCAAUAAACGUGAAAUGUUUAUGAGUGCUUCUCUUAUAUGGAUUACAGCUUUGCUUCUCUCGAUACCUAUUUGCAUAUUUCAGAAUACUGUGCCUGUCGGACUUCCGGGAUUGCAUCUGUAUUAUAAGUGCGUUGAAUUAUGGCCAAGUGCAACUUUUAAAGGAGUGUAUACUCUUUUGACGUUAGUUUUCCAAUUCGUUAUUCCGUCAAUAGCUCUUUUGAUAACGCAUGUCCACAUACGGACUCAUUUGAAUAAAAAGAUUAUUAAAACGGAUAGUGAUGCAUCGAGUAUUGAUAACGCAAGCGUGCACAAUGAGAGAUUCCAAAGAGAUCUGAGGCGAAAUACUCGAGCUACAAUGGUGCUACUGUUAAUUUCAGUUGUGUUUACUGUUAGCUGGCUUCCAUGGAACGGGUUAAACUUGCUGGUGGAAUUCCAUCCAAAUAUAUUGGAGCCAAAAGAUUUGUAUUUAUCGUUUGCAAUUUGUCACAUGACAGCAAUGACGUCAUCAAUAACCAAUCCCAUACUUUAUGGAUGGUUAAACAGUAACAUUCGACGUGAAAUGGUACGAAUGGGAUGUAUGAUAGCUAAAGUUAGCUCUGCUUUGGUAUCGAACAGAAGUUCCUUGACAGAUAACUUGAGAGCACAACAGAACACUCAAAUUCGCUCCUCUGGGGGUGAAUCUCUAAAUCACAGAAGUAACCAUAAUUCAGAAAGUCAAGUUUGACGAAAUUGACGAGUUAAAUUGUAUUUAAAUACACAAGUGGAUAAUAUUUGCCUGCAUAAUAAUUGUUUUUAAUUUGAAUUUUAACAUAAUACGUAAUAAUUCUAAUAUGUUAUAUGUUAUUGCAUAUUAUGUUAUAAUUUUAACAUAAUACGUAAUAUGAAUCUUAUUUACAUUAUAAAUAAGAUUCAAACUAAAAGCAAGCAUUUCAUAGCAGUCAUAGUUUGAAAAGCCAAGAAGUGUUUGGUACGUUAAAUUCAUGAUUUAUAUUUUAUUAUGCCAUUUGAAUGUAUUUGCCUACUUUUUUAUUUGUUUUGAUUGUUAACAUACACGUUCUAUCCGAAAUAUAAACAAACAUUUCAUCGUAGCCUUAGUUUAAAGAGCAAAAUAUAGUUUAAAUUCCAUUAAUAAUUGAUAUUUUUAUACUAUUCGA